AUGUUAUUGAAGCUCAAGUAUCUGCUCUCAAUUUCUUCAAGUUCAAUCAUUGACGCUUUCCAGAUGCUCCGCUCGGAAUCCACAAACUCGAUCAACACCGCUGCUGGACGAUCUAGCCGACUUGGACGCGUAUUCACCGCAAGGCAUGAAAAGACGGCUAAAAGCAGGCAAGCAUUGCAACGAGGAAAUCAACCUCGAGGCGAGUUGGAAAUGUCCAUAAGAUAUGCUGAUGCGACUAGAAAGCUGGUUGUCCAAGUGCUUCGAGCAAGACAACUCCUUCCAUGGGAUAAAAAUGGACAGUGCAAUCCUUAUGCUACCGUCAAACUCAUAUCCAUCGAGAAUAGUAGAGACGUACAAAAACGGAAGACUGGUGUUGUUAAAGGAUCAGUCAAUCCAUCCUUUGAUAACCACUUUGAGUUUGAUGUGGAAGCAAAUGAUUUGCUGAAUUAUAAAUUGCAAAUAUCUGUGAAGGACGACACAAAUUACGGAGCAUUUUCUGCGAAACCUGUUUUAGGACAGAUUGAAAUACGACUGACUUCGUUGAACAAAUGGACUCUGCCCCAACAAUGGAUACGAUUAGAAGCUGAACGGAUUUGA